AUGUACGCGAAAUGCGGCAGCAUGGAGGAUUCCCGCCGUGUGUUCGACAGCAUUCUUCACCCAAACGUGAUGUCCUUGAUGCUGGGCAGCGAUCUUCGAGAGGAUGCAAGCCAGGCGGUCGGGCUGCAAGCCAAACUCCAAGACGCGGCAAAGGCUUGUAGCAGCCUCACGGCGAAGGAAGACGAGAAAGCGAGGUCGCUCUCGAGUUCUUUGGGAAAAUGGACUGCUCGCCAAAGUCUUGGACUUUCGUUGCUGCUGCCAAGGCCUCCAAGUGACAUGUACUCAAAGUGUGGGAGCAUGGUCGACGCGCGGAUGGUUUUCGAGAGCAUGCCUCGUCGUGAUGUCGUGCUCUGGACGAGCUUGAUACAAGGCUUUGUGGACAACGGGGAAAGCGAGCUGGCUCUCGUGUUCUUCGAAGAUAUGAAGCUAUCUGGGUGCUGUCCAAGCUCUCGGACGUGUGUUGCUGCGCUUGCCGCCUGUGCGAGCUCGGCAAUGCGAGAAGAAGCGGUGGAUGUCGACGGCAAACUCGUGAAGAGAAAGAGCUUGGAAACCGGGGUGGCUAUCCACGGUGAAGCUUCAAACAACAGGUGCUGUGAGGACGUGUUCGUGGGGAACACUCUGAUCGAUAUGUACGCGAAGUGUGAGAAGCUAGAGGAAGCUCGCAAGGUCUUCGAUGGCAUGGUUGGCCGAUGUGAGUGGAGACACGUCCGAGCCACCUGUUCCGUGAGAAGAUGGAAAGCUAGUGCGAAUCCAGAGCCUAGAAAAGGGGAUGGAGAUUCAUUCUCUCGCCGCGAAGUUUGGACGCUGCGAGCACAGAUUUGUCGGGAGCAGCUUGGUGGACAUCACUUACGGCCUAGCUGGAAGGAAUCCAGGCUGAGCUUUACAGGCGUGGGCUGGAAGACGAUCAAGUUGUGGGGAGUAAACUUCUACAGGAAGUGCGGAGUUAUGAGUGCGGCCGAGCACUUGUUUGGAUCUCUGGCAGUCCGAGAUAUCGUCGCCUGGAAUGCACUGAUCACGGGAUUCGGCCAACAGGGUGACACGUCGCGCGUGUUCGAAGCCUUUCGCGAGAUGCGAGAAGAUGGCGUGCGAGCAAACGCAAUCACAUUUGUCUCGGUCAUCACUGCUUGCAGCCACGGCGGCAUAGUUGAACGAGGCAGGGAGUUUUUCCAGGCAAUGGACCCGGACUCUGGCAUUGUUUGCGGGAUUCAUCACUACAGCAGCUUGGUGGAUCUCAUCGACGAGAAUGACUCGGCUGCGUACGUUCUGAUGGCGAGCAUCUACCGGAGCGCGGGGCUGUGGGAGGAUCAUGAUAAGCUCAAAACUAUACAGGAGGCGGCCUUGAAAGCAGAUAAGAAGAGUUCACUUCAUCAAGCGGUCACACGAUGGUGA